AUGUCGGCCCCUAACCUCUAUCACACCCUGUUACGGCCCCCAGUUAUUCAGAUCCUCCGGGCUGCAGGCUUCCACUCAGCUAGCCCCGCCGUCAUCGACACUCUCACGGAUCUCGCCGCACGAUAUCUGAUGCUCCUGGUCUCGUUCACCGCUGGUCACGCCAACAGCAGCCAUGACAGAAUCCCCAUUCCAAACCUCCACGACGUCAUCAUGGCGCUGCAGGACGCUGGCGCCCUGAGACCCCAAAUGAGUAUCUCCGAAGAACUUCUCAGAGGGGAAGAAGAUAUGAGAGGCCUCGACUCGUUUAUGGCUUGGUUUAGUGGUCCUGCCAACAAGGAAAUUAGGCGGGUGGCUGGAUUCGUGGCCAGCGAAGGAGAUGUGGUUGACGAGGAUUCUCUGGAGAAGGAGGAUUACUUAACAUCGUUAAAGAAGAAGCACAGCAAAACGGGCGAGGAAUCGCGGUACCAGGGCACCGUCCUGGGGAAAAGCAGAGAGAUCCAUCCGAUCAUCAUUGAGGGUGGAGCUCAAAGCAUAAAGGCGUGGGGUAUGGAGAUACGAUUGAGAGAAGCGAGCGCCGAGUCUGUAUCAUCAAUCAUGAGCAGUGCCCCGAGCAGCCUGUCAGAUGUGGUGGAUAUGGAGACAUGA